CAGCACUGAAGCUGAUAACCCCUGACUUAAGCCAUGUGAACCAUCUCAACCAUCUUACCCGCUUGAACUGUAAAGGCCCUCACCACUCCCCAGCCUUUCCCUGUACAGAGAUGAGUCACAUUAACAAACACGCGUUGCUAAAACAUUCCUCUGCAGUUUCUCUCUAAAACAGAAGAUGUAUGGCGAGUAGGCAGGAAAUCGCAUGGAAAACGCCUUCAUGGUCGUGCACGGCUGCAGCAGCACCAGCACCAGCCCGGCGGCGUCCUGCACCCGCACAGGCAGGCGCGCGCACAAGCGCCUGGACAGCGACGAGCCGGUGGCGAAGUGUCCCAGGCUGAGGCUGAGCGAGGCCACUGCGGGCGACCCUGCUGUCCUGAGCCCCUCUCCGGGAUGUCCGGCGAGCGGAGGCCCCCCGAGGUCACCUCCGGCCCCCCAGGGUCCGUCUCGAAUCGGCCGCUUCCUGCUGCUGCCUCUGGCUGAGCGAGCAGGGCUCCACAGCGCCCUGGACACGGACACUGGAGAGGAGCUGCUGUGCAAGGUGUUUGACAUGGGACAGUACCAAGAGAAGAUCAGGGCCUACAGUAUGUUGCCAAGACACAGGAAUGUUGCCCAAAUCAAAGACAUUGUCCUUGGGGAGCGCAAGGCAUAUGUGUUUCAAGAGAAGGACUAUGGUGAUAUGCACACAUUCGUGAAGAGCUGUAAGCGUGUACCUGAGGAACAGGCCACCAAGCUUUUCUUCCAGGUGGCCUCAGCGGUCACUCACUGCCACCAGGCCGGCAUAGUGCUGGGGGACCUCAAGCUUCGCAAGUUUGUGUUCUCCGAUGAAAAGAGGACUCAUUUGAAGCUGGAGGGUUUGGAAGACUGUCAUAUUCUGACCGGUGAAGGGGACUCUGUAUCAGACACCCAUGGCUGCCCGGCGUACAUCAGCCCAGAGAUCCUGAGCGGUGGGGGCAGUUAUUCAGGGAAGCAGGCAGAUGCCUGGAGCCUAGGGGUCAUGCUCUACACAAUGCUGGUGGGCCGUUACCCCUUCCAUGACCCAGACCCAGCCACCCUGUUCUCAAAAAUUCGGCGGGGUGUGUUCUGCCUUCCUGAUGGCCUAUCACUACGGGCACGCUGCCUCCUGCGCAGCCUCCUCCGAAGAGAGCCCUCAGAGAGACUGACCGCUGCUGAGGUGCUCAUCCACCCGUGGUUCCACAGCAGCACACGGGAUGUAGACAGCCCAGAGCAGGAUGUGGGCUCUGCGGAGCAGAUGGUGCCUCAGGUCGCAGUGGAGCUGGACGAGCAGCUCUUCUGCUGAUGAAAACCCCACAAGCUCACAUUUGGACCAAAACUGUUCCAGACACCCCUACGGGUACUUUUAUUUUGCAUUACGCUUAGGCAUGAACAGGGGUGUAAAUCUGUGAUCAUGGCAAUUUGAUUGCAUUACAGUUCUUUAGCAAACAUUUUAAUGGGUCAAGAAAUUUGAUUGAAAGUUAUUUGAUUAUUUUGGUAGGACUCAUUUCUAAAAUACUCAAUGUUACAUAGUAAUGCAAUGACGACAAUAAAAACAAGGAUUUUUCCAUCUAAAAAAUGCCUAAAAAAAUUAUUUUGGUCAUAUAAUUAGUCCAUACUUUAAUGAAUAUUAUUAAAAUGAUAUUAUGAUUCCAAAGGCUAUGCCACAUUGACCCAACAAUGUUGGCAGCCAGCUUUAUAUUGAUCCAGAGAAACAGGGUGAAUGGAGGAAACACGCUAGAAUAGUAUGAAUGGGGAAGAACACACUAGAACAGUGUGACUCAGGGAGAACAUUGGAACAGUGUAAAAAAAAGGAGUAGAACAUUUUAGAGCCUUGUGAAUAGGGGGGAAUAUUCUAGAACAGCAUCAACAGCGAGAACACGGGAAAUGAUGUAAAUAGAGGGAACAUUCUAGAAUAGUGUGAAAGGAUGAAAACAUUCUAGAACAGCAGGAAUAGAGAGAACAUUCAUGAAAAGUGUGAAUGGGCAGAACAUUCUAAAACAUUAUGAAUAAUGGAGGGCAUUCUAGAACAGUAUGAAUGACAGAGAACUGACCAGAACAGUAGAAGUGGGGAAGAAUGUUCUAGAGCUAUGUGAAUGGGGAGGACUUUCUAGAACCGAGUGAAAAGUGGAGAACAUUCUAGAACAUUCUGAAUGGGAAGAACAUAGGACAGUGUGAAUGGACAAACUCUAGAGCAGCUUGACUGGGGAAGAUCAUAAUAAGACAAUGUGAGUGGGGUGUACUUUCUAGAAAAGUGUGGAAGAAGGGGAACACUUUAGAACAGUGUGUAAAAAAGGAGAACAUUCUAGAACAGUGUCAACAGAGGGUCCACUAUAAACCCAUGUGAAUCAGAGAAAGUUCUAACAGUCACACACAUGCGUGGCACACCAGCCCAGCGUUUGAGCUUGACUGAAGAACAUUGAGUCAGUCUGCUCUGAACUUAACAUUCCAAAAUCAAUGCAGUCGAAUUGUCAUCUUCAGGUGCAUUUUUACACCCCUGGUUUGCACUUGUGCACGCCCACAAAAGUACUGUAUCAACAGUGUUAGGUUAAGAGGGGCGGUGUGCAGUUGCCGACAUAUGCUGAAGCAAUUUCGGUGCUAACGAUCUGUUUUGUUGUGCUGUAUGAAGUAAACACUGAGGCAUGGUACAUAGACAUGAGAAAGUGAGGCAGUCAUCAAGAUGACAAAGCUCUGCCAAGUCGCGAGGACUCCAAACACAUUAGCUAAAGAGGGGGGAAGGGACAUGGGCCUGAACUCUAGCUUUGCUCACACUCUUCAAACCAGAGGCAUCCACUGACUCACUCACUGACUGCAACUGCACCAGAGGGGCUUGUCUCGUUUUAAAGGGGCUGAUGGACUCAAAAAAUCUACACAUGUACACGCAGCAUAAACUAAUCUGAAUCAAGGUGACUGUAUGGCCUCUAACUCUCCUAAAGGUGCCAAACUGUACAGGAGAGGCCAUGUGUGGCCAGUCUCUGACCUUUGAGGCUUUAGGUUUUGCUGGCAAUACUGACAUCAAAGCCCUUGGCUGACUGUUUUAACUAUUAGUAUUGGAUUAAGAUUCAAAGUGGCUUAUUUUUCACAUACAAACUGAGGAAUCUUAAUUAAAUGCAGCCAUGAAGUGUGUCUACAUUGCACAGCUUGAAUCAUACCUAUUUAAAUGGAUACUUUCUUGGAAAUGUGUUUAAAUAAUGAUGUCAGUAAACCUUGUGCCCUAUCCUUACUGGUUCGCUUGCUGGUCCUGUUUGUGUAGUGUUUCUUUACUUGAAUCCUGUGAAGUAUCCUAAGACUCGGGGGCUUUAAGCACUACAGGCAAAGCCUGGUGUAGUUGUGAGUAAGAUAUGUGAUGACUCAAUAGCUGGUGUUUCAAUUGAAAAGUGGAUCAGGCAGAGAUUAUUCUGUAUGAAUGUAUGUGUUUUUUUGUUUUUUUUACUUAUGCUCUACUGUAAGCUACAGUGAAAAAACCCACCCACAAUAGCUUAGCUGAAAUGGUAGAGUCGUGUCUUUGUAGGCUUUAACCUCACCUGCCCUUCUGUUCUGAGUAGUUGUACUGUAUGUUACCUCUGAGGCAAAGCACCGGGACAAUAAUAAUAAUAAUAAUAAUAAUAAUAAUAAUAAUCUGAGGUUGGUCGGCCAGCAUAAAUGUCUAGCUCAUGCAUGCGGCUCAUUGCAAAUGCUGACACGGGUGCACAAAGUUCAUAUCGCACUGUGAAUUAUGUAUUAGUGACACAACCUCGAGGCUAGACCAAGAGCGUCUAACAGAACAUAUUAAUUGUAAAAUGAAAAAAAGCAUGUAAAUAUGUAUAUUCUAAUUGUGUGAACAGAUUGAAUAAAGAUCAUCUUUUCCAUAUUUAA